AUGGCAUAUCAUCAGCAGGGCCAGCAGCCCGCACUGAGCGCAACCUUCGUGCCCGGUGGAUAUGAUGACUUCUACAUGCCCGGCCCAAGCCCUGAGGUCAUCUCUCCCGCUCCUCAGAGGCACAUGCCCGAGGUUCCCGACCAGAUACAGGAGAACCUCGCCCACCUGGAGCUCGAGGCUGCCGGCUCGAGAAAGAGCUCGUACACGACCCAGGGACAGCAGCACAGUCCGCAGCCGUACAGCCACCAGCAACCGUCGCCGUCUUUCCCGCCGCAGAAUGCCCAGAACGGCGCUCAAAGCUCCCCCAGAAGCUAUGCGCAGAUGAGUGGCGCCGGCAGCGAGAUCCCCAGCUUCUCGCCCUUUCCCAAGAUCAACCCGCGCCCGCCCAACGUGCCCCCGAGCGACGACGAGAAGGAGGAGAUCUUGGAGAGCGCAAGGCUUCCGGUGCUGAACUCGAACGACCCCGAGAUGCAGCUUGCGUGGGCGCAGGACGCGCUCGCCUUCGUGGCGGCAGCCCAGACACACGAGGAGCGACUGGCAGAAUACAGAACUGCGCGACCGGCCACGCCGCAGAUUGAGCACCAGCUGCGCGUCGACGCCAUGAACAUCGUGUGCUUUUUGGCGGACCAGCAUCACCCCAAGGCCGAGUUCAUGAAGGGCAUGUGGCUCGAGUUCGGCAACUUCGGCUGGCGGCAGGACAAGCGCGAGGCGUUCAGAUGUUACGCGCGAGCAUCGGAGAAGGGCUUCUUCAGGGCCGACUACAGGAUGGGCAUGCAGUUCGAGCAGAACAACGACCCGGUCAAGGCUUUGAUCCACUAUCAAAAAGGCGCCGAACACGGCGAUUCGGCGAGCAACUACAGACUGGGCAUGAUGACGCUCAUGGGCCAGAUGGGCCAGCCGCAGGACUUCGCAAAGGGCGUGCAGAUGCUGAAGAUUGCGGCUGAACAUGCGGACGAGAACGCGCCCCAAGGCGCGUAUGUGCUGGGCAUGCUGCAGGCGAGAGAGCUGCCGCAGGUCACGGUUCCCGAAGUGCUGCUCCCCUACAACUUGGCGGAAGCCAGGAUGAACAUUGAAAAGGCGGCGUACUUGGGCUUCGCCAAGGCACAGCUCAAGAUGGGCAGUGCGUACGAGCUGUGUUCCCUGGGCUGCGAGUUCAACCCGGCCCUUUCUCUGCAUUACAACGCGCUCGCCGCACGGCAAGGCGAGCCGGAAGCAGAGAUGGCCAUCAGCAAGUGGUUUUUGUGCGGUCACGAGGGCGUCUUUGCGAAGAACGAGCAGCUGGCAUACGAGUACGCCGAACGUGCCGCCCAGAGUAAUCUUGCCACCGCACAGUUCGCCUUGGGCUACUUCAACGAGAUUGGUGUACACGUCCCGGUCAACCUUGACAAGGCCAAGUACUGGUAUGAUCUCGCGUCCAAGAACGGCAACAAGGAUGCGGCCGAGCGUAUUGCUAGCUUGAACAACUCGCAACAGCUGUCCAAGAAGGAUCACGAGAAUAUCGCGAUCAACAAGAUCAAGUCACAGCACGGUUCCAUGCGUGGCAAGCGGCCUGAGAGGCUCAAGGCGCAAGCCUCGAAUCUGCCUUCUACGGAGGAAGAGGUGCAGUCUCCCGGUGGUUCAGCAAUUCCCCCACGUGUUUCGUCGAUUGCUCCGUAUCCGACAGAUGACGGGCCCCCUACCGUUUCCGCAGCGGCGAACAGGCCGUCAAGUGUUGCCCCGUACCCAAUUGACAAUGGGCCACCUAAGAUCCCCGCCCCGGCCGGUUUCGCCGGAGGUUUUGCGCCAGAACUGCGAUCGCAUUCCGCCGCACCGGCGCAGAUGCGUACCUCGUCGGGUACGGCAUUCAACAUCAACCCCAACAUCUAUCACGAUCAAGGCCCGCCAAACAACCAUCAGAACCGUCCGUACCCCGGCCAGGGUGGCUACGGGCAAGGCAGGCCCCCACAACGGCCAGCGACGACCCUUGCUGCCGGAGAUGCGGGCUAUGGCAACGGCCGCAGCUCAGGAGGUCCACCAAGUGGCAACUAUGGCAACGCUGAUCACGUCUCACCCAAGAUACGCCCGCAACAAGGACCACCAUCCCCUCAAACCCUCGACGUCGGCUACAGCGCACCUGGGAGAACUUCUGGUACCCCGAGUCCGAGAUUGCCUCCCCAACCGCAAGACAUCGGCUACGUCGCUCCCCUUCAACCAAAGAAGCAGACACUGCUUGACCAGACUAGUCCAGCAGGACAAGGAUACCGACCUCCAAGGACAGACAGCCGCCCACAACAAGGUGGUUACCAGGGCCUGCCCGCGAACCCGUCCCCGAAUUCAGGACGCCCGCCCCAAACGCAGGGCCAGAAAGUUGGUACGCCGGUACAGUCGCGGCCGCCGCAGCAACAACCCGGGCCCCAGCCUCAACCCGGGCCCCAGCCUGGGCGACCUGUGCCUGGAAAGGUGCCCAUGCAGCAACAACCAACAGCCAAGCCGAGUACGGUGCCAAACAAGACACCUGGCGGCGUAAAUCCGCCCGGUAGCAAACCACCCGGGACUGGAAAAGGCCCCAAGACGUUUGAUGAGAUGGGCGUGGCUGCAGGAAAAGAGCAGAGUGAUUGUAUUAUAAUGUGA